UUUUUAUUAGGAAUUUUUUUAUAUAUAUAUAUCUGUCCAACAUUAGUUAUCUGAAGUUAAUCAAAUUAAUAAAAUAAGCGUUGACUUGAAUAUUGUGAUAAAUUACAACAAGCAACAAACCUUUGAAGAAAAAAGUUAUACAAUUAUACCGACUCAAAAAUUAUUUUCAAGAAUGCCUGUUGAUACACGUAAUUCGUGUUCUACCGACCUAUUUCUAGAUGUAGAAGAAAAAAAUAUGCGUUUACUGACAAUGCACACGAUCGUCAUCACCUUAGUCGGGAUACUUAUUAUUCUCAUUCUGUUCGGAAACUGGCUGGUGAUCGUAUCAAUUCUGAAAUUCAAGAGAAUGCGGGAUGUGCAAAACAUCUUAAUUCUUUCAUUAGCAGUGUGCGAUUUUUUAAUUGGAAUUCUAAUAUUGCCACAAACUCUUUCUUAUGAAUUGUUGGGUUAUUGGCCUUUUGGGAAAAUCGCAUGCAAGAUCUACCUUCUUCUUGAUAUCGCUUUAUGUACAGGGAGUAUCUGGACGUUAUCAAUGAUUAGCAUCAAUCGAUAUUUAGCGAUGAAGUUGGUCGUAAGAUACAGAUUUUUCAAUAAAACCAAGAAUGGAGUCGUUAUGGAUAUUAUCAUAUGGAUUUUGUCGAUUGUAGUCUGCCUACCUGCGGUUCUAUAUGCCGUUACUGGUAAUGAUGAUGAACUUGUCUGCAAUCAUUCCGAAGAACGUUGGUUUAUAUUAUACAGUGUGUCUAUAUCCUUUUACAUACCAAUGUUUUUAAUGUGCACUAUGUACGUUCGUGUCAUAUGGGAUUUUAGAACAAGACUAAAAAGUUCAACGGCUAACCAAGCACUACUAAAGAAAGAGAAAAAGUUGAACACACUUGUCGGUUUAACAAUGGCUGCUUUUGUGAUUUGCUGGUUCCCGUUUUUCCAAGUCUAUCUUGUUCGCGUUAUUUGUCCAACAUGCUGCGUACCGCCGACGUUGAUGAAAUUUUUUGAAUGGUUUGGCUACGUCAACUGUGCUCUGAAUCCAAUCAUUUAUUCAUCAAACGAAAAAGAGUUCCGGAAUGCUUUCAAGUUAAUAUUGAGGACAAAAAAUCGGAUCGAACCUUCGACCAGGGCUAUGUAUGAAGAAUUACAAAUUCCACGUGAUCGCACACCAGAAUUUGUCACCCGCAACGAAAACUGUACAACGAUCACGUGAUACCUAAAAACUAGGUGUUUAUUACAAAGAUGUCACAGGGAUAUUGAUGACACCUGUCCGUAAAAUAACAUAAAUCGGAUACAAUCUUGGCCACAAAAAACACCGUUGUGGAAUGGGUAGAAAUAAAACUAUAGAAGCUGAUAUGUAACGGCGUAAUGAGUAACGUUGCCACGCACUAAUUAAAUGAUGAAUUACAUUUCACUUAAUCCUUUCAUUGCCUCCUAUAAAACUGGCAUUUACAAUAAAAAUGAAAAAUGUAUUAAGUAUAUACUUACAUUAUUAUUCUUGAAUUCAAUAUUUCUUUUAAUUUUUGUAUGGAUCUCUCUUCUCUUUUUUAAGAGAAAGAAGUCCGUUUGCUCAUUGUGUUGUUUUAAUUCAUUUUUAUCUGCUUAUAUUUCCAACAACGUUAUUUUUUAUACACUUUAGUCAUUUGCUCAAAAACCUUGGAUUUUGAGUUAUGUAUCUUAACAUUUUUUUGUCCUUCCACGCCUUUUUCACGAAUAAAAUUGGCAAG